UCUGUAUACUUUUUAUCUAUUUGCGGAAAAUGACGUCAUCGAAGAAAUUUGCCAGUGUAGAAAGGAGAAAGGGAAAACAAGUUUCGUCAUUUAGUUCUUGAUGGCACACAGUUUGAUCAACAAGAGACACUUGGUAAAGAUGUGAGUCAUGCCUGCCUUGAUCUUGUUCAAGAGACGAUGGAAUGUUGGAGGUGAUGAUCUCGUCUUUCCUGCCAUCGGCUCGGCCAGUGUCCGCCUCAUCUUUCUGGCAUCGGCCAUUGCAGUAUUUGUCAUCCAACAUCCUACCAUACGCCAGUGUAAACAAGGUGACCUUUUAGCCGGCUUCCUGAUUGGCCUUGUCAUCCUUCUAACCAUCACUGUUGCCUUGGAGAUAGUGAUAGGCGUGGUCAGCGGGCAGGGCACUAUUACUGAUACCUAUCCCCGGAGGUUCCUGCCAGCAUUGCUGUAUGUCAGGGCUCUGGUAUUUCUAGCAGAGAUUGCAAGUAGCUUGGUGGGUGCAGUAUGGGUGUUCAGAGAUUGGGAGUUACAGUCCGACCAGUCAUGUGAUGUGAGCCUCGUCCGUCUGGUGCAGGCUGCACUCAUCUUUAGCUGGUUCCUCCUUAUAGCUAUUGCUAUCUGUGUACUCAUUCUCUUUGGAGGAAAGCAUCGCCAUGAAAAUGAACAGUUUGAUGACUUUGAUCGCUGGGAAAAGAGAUGUCGCAGGUGUUGUUUUUGUGUGAAAAAGGAUGAGAAUUCUCAGGUUGCAUAUGCUGAAGCUGCUGCAGUGUUUUCAUCCCUAUUCCAAAACCUGGAUGUGGUCCUAUCGGACAUUGUCGCAGGCCUGAUCCUGGUCCAAGUGGAACAGGCAAGACGGAUCCAAGAUAGGAUCUCAAUGACAGCCGCAUGCAAAGAUCCUGGACCUGAUGUUGCCCUGCCUACAGAACCAGUAGAGAGGAGUCUAGAGACCAUUUGGCACUACUACCAGUACUCCAUGGCAUCCAAUGGCUGGCCCAUUCUAGUCAAUGCAGAUCUCAAAUGCUGGCUCUGCAAGCUUUGCUGCAUGGGGAGGUGCUGUUCGUGCUUUAGGCCAUCAGAUCACAUAGCCGGUGAUAACUGUUGUCAGUGUAACACCAUGGCUGUUAGAUCCAUAGCAAGAGCAGACGAGGAGGACCUUCUCUAUGUCAGCUUCAAAAAUAAGAUAUUCCAGAGUCCAUUCAUUGUUGUCUUAGACCAUACUUAUAAAUCAGUGGUCAUCGCUAUCAGAGGAACACUCUCGUUCAGGGAUAUGUUAACCGAUGUGUCUGCUGAUGCUGAGAGGUUGGACAUAGAGGACCAUGAGAUCUAUGCUCACAGAGGAAUCGUCAACAACUCAAAGUACAUCUUAAAUAAACUUAGUGAACUCAAUCUACUUGAAGAUGCAUUCCAUCAAUAUCCAGAUUACAAGCUGGUUGUAUCUGGUCAUAGCCUUGGAGCUGGUGUAGCAGCCGUCUUGUCGAUUCUCCUCCGAGAGAAGUACCCAGAAAUCAAAGCGUAUGCCUUCUCACCCCCUGGUGGCCUUAUCAAUGCUGAAGGAGUAUUAUAUUCUCAGAGUUUUGUUACUGCUGUAGUACUAGGAGAAGAUAUAGUACCUAGGAUGAGCAUGUGUACCCUCAAACAGCUCAGGGAUCAGUUAAUAGAAGUUAUUAAAAGCUGCCCAGUGCCUAAGUACCGAGUCAUCAUGCGUGGUCUUUGGUACACCUGUAGAGGUCUUCCAGAGACUCUGCCAUUGUCCGUCAAUGAGAUGGACCAUGAAGAUGGACUGUGCUGUAACCCCCGGGAACCCCUCCUACCUGCCAAUCCUAGAGAAGCAGAACAACGUCUCCUUGAUAGUCCUGCAGAGGAAGAACAUCGUCAUAGAGAAGAAAAUGGUGAUGCUCAUGAUGGUGAAAUAGAGACCAUUGCAGUGGAUGUCGAUAAUGGCGCUGCUUCAUCAUCUAACGGAAGGCUCUCAAGUGUCUCAAGUCGUAAAGAAUUCAUGCCGCUGUUUCCCCCUGGACAGAUGAUCUGGAUCACUCGCAGGGAGAUACAUUCUGGUGGUUGCUGCGGAUCUAACAAUGAAUACUGCGCUCACUGGGUGACCCAUCGCCAAUUUGACCACAUCGGUGUCCGGCCUGGCAUGAUCAAGGACCAUCUACCCGUGGACAUCAACCAGGCCUUCGCUUGGUUGGUUGACCGUGUCAAAAACGGUCAUGUUGUCCAUCCUGACUGUUGAGAAAUGUUGGAGGGCUGAAAUCAUCCAAGGGUUUGGGAAACAACUCACUUGAUUGAACCAGGAUAUUAUAUUCACAAAGCCCCUGAACUUCCUUGAGAGCCUAUGGAAACCUUGGGGUACAGCAUUGGUACACCUGCAAACCCCUAAUCAGGUAUAUCAGGAGUAGUGAGUGACCUGUUGGUCACCCGCCCUGUGGCAUAGAUGAUGCCAGAAAACUGAUAGUGGUGAUUAAUCAUUGUGUGAUAUGUCAGAAUUCUAUGUCUCUUUGAAUAUGAUUAUAGAGAAUCUUUCUGUAUUCAGUGUUCAUGAACUUUAAAGUAUGGCACGUUUGUGUCCUGUGCGCAUGGUUUAUGAAGCAUGAAAAUGACUGGGUGUGCCAGGACUCCAAAGUCCAGUUGAUUAGGUUGACAAAUAGAAGGAUGUAACUCACUUUGGCAAAUUUAAGAUUUUGGUACCAGAAUAAUAAGGAAAAUAUAAAGAUUCUCAAGUCCACUUCCUGUUGCCUUUAAAGUAAUACUUCGCCACAUCUCAAUUGAUUAUUUUUGUAGAACAUAAUAUAACAUUAUUUAGGUUCUCAAAUUUAUUGGGUUUCUCUUAAGUUUAAUGCAUUUACAAUUAAAGAAAAAUUACC